AUGGUGCCUCAGCGGCGGCCGGGAGCUGCAUGGGGGAGCGCAGGCCGCUCUUGGGAAGAUGCCCCGGAGCUGCCCCUGCCGGAGGGCUGGGAGGAGGCGCGCGACUUCGACGGCAAGGUCUACUACAUAGACCACACGAGCCGCACCACCAGCUGGAUCGACCCGCGGGACAGGUACACCAAACCGCUCACCUUCGCCGACUGCAUUAGCGAUGAGCUGCCUCUAGGAUGGGAAGAGGCGUAUGACCCACAGGUUGGAGAUUACUUCAUAGACCACAACACCAAAACCACUCAGAUCGAGGACCCCCGGGUGCAAUGGCGGCGGGAGCAGGAGCACAUGCUGAAGGAUUACCUGGUGGUGGCCCAGGAGGCCCUGAGUGCACAGAAGGAGAUCUACCAGGUGAAGCGGCAGCGUCUGGAGCUUGCACAGCAGGAGUAUCAGCAGCUGCAUGCCGUCUGGGAGCACAAGCUGGGCUCCCAGGUCAGCUUGGUCUCUGGUUCGUCGUCCAGCUCUAAGUAUGACCCUGAGAUCCUGAAAGCUGAAAUUGCCACUGCAAAAUCCCGGGUCAACAAGCUGAAGAGGGAGAUGGUUCACCUCCAGCAGGAGCUGCAGUUCAAAGAGCAUGGCUUCCAGACCCUGCAGAAAAUCGACAAGAAAAUGUCUGACGCUCAGGGCAGCUACAAACUGGAUGAAGCUCAGGCUGUCUUGAGAGAAACGAAAGCCAUCAAAAAGGCCAUCACCUGUGGAGAAAAGGAAAAGCAAGAUCUCAUUAAGAGCCUUGCGAUGCUGAAGGACGGCUUCCGGACCGACAGAGGGUCCCACUCUGACCUGUGGUCCAGCAGCAGCUCUCUGGAGAGUUCGGGUUUCCCGCUGCCGAAGCAGUACCUGGACAUGAGCUCCCAGACGGACAUCUCGGGGAGUUUCGGCACCAGCAGCCACAAUCAGUUGGCGGAGAAGGUCCGAUUGCGCCUUCGGUACGAAGAGGCUAAGAGGAGGAUCGCCAACCUGAAGAUCCAGCUGGCCAAGCUGGACAGUGAGGCCUGGCCCGGAGUGCUGGACUCGGAGAGGGACCGGCUGAUCCUCAUCAGCGAGAAGGAGGAGCUGCUGAAGGAGAUGCGCUUCAUCAGCCCCCGGAAGUGGACGCAGGGCGAGGUGGAGCAGCUGGAGAUGGCCCGCAAGCGGCUGGAGAAGGACCUGCAGGCAGCCCGGGACACCCAGAGCAAGGCGCUGACCGAGAGGUUGAAGUUAAACAGUAAGAGGAACCAGCUGGUGAGAGAACUGGAGGAAGCCACCCGGCAGGUGGCAGCUCUGCAUUCCCAGCUGAAAAGCCUCUCGAGCAGCAUGCAGUCCCUGUCCUCGGGCAGCAGCCCUGGGUCCCUCACGUCCAGCCGGGGCUCCCUGGCUGCCUCCAGCCUGGACUCCUCCGCCUCCGCCAGCUUCACUGACCUCUACUAUGACCCCUUCGAGCAGCUGGACUCGGAACUGCAGAGCAAGGUGGAGUUCCUGCUCCUGGAGGGGGCCACGGGCUUCCGGCCCUCGGGCUACAUCACCACCAUCCACGAGGACGAGGUGGCCAAGACCCAGAGGGCCGAGGGGGGCGGCCGCCUGCAGGCCCUGCGCUCCCUGACCGGCACCCCGAAGUCCAUGACUUCUCUGUCUCCACGCUCCUCCCUCUCCUCCCCGUCCCCGCCCUGCUCCCCUCUCAUCGAUGACCCCCUCCUGGCUGGAGACGCCUUCCUGAGCCCCCUGGAAUUUGAAGAUCCGGAGCUGAGUGCCACCUGUGAACUGAGCCUUGGCAGUGGCAGCCGGGAGAGGUACCAGCUGGAGGAACCCGGAAUGGAGGGCAAGCAGUUGGGCCAAGCUGUGAAGACGGCCCAGGGGUGUGGCCUCAAAGUGGCCUGCGUCUCGGCUGCCGUGUCGGAUGAAUCCGUGGCCGGGGACAGUGGCGUGUAUGAGGCUUCCGUGCAAAGACUCGGUGCAUCAUCAGAAGCCCCUGCUUUCGACAGUGAGGAGCCAGACGCGGUGGGAGCAACCCGGGUUCAGGUUGCCCUGCAGUAUGACGAGAAGAAUAAGCAGUUUGCAAUAUUAAUCGUCCAGCUGAGUAACCUUUCUGCCCUGUUGCUGCAGCAGGACCAGAAAGUGAACAUCCGUGUGGCCGUCCUUCCCUGCUCCGAAAGCACCACCUGCCUGUUCCGGACGCGGCCUCUGGACGCCUCGGACGCCCUCGUGUUCAAUGAGGUGUUCUGGGUGUCCAUGUCCUACCCAGCCCUUCACCAGAAGACCUUAAGAGUCGACGUCUGUACCACUGACCAGAGCCAUCCGGAGGAUUGCCUGGGAGGCGCCCAGAUCAGCCUGGCUGAGGUGUGCCGGUCUGGGGAGAGGUCGACUCGCUGGUACAACCUCCUGAGCUACAAAUACUUGAAGCAACAGAGCAGGGAAUCCAAGCCAGGGGGAGCCCGAGCCCCCACCCCCGGGCCUGAGAGCACGGACGCCGUGUCCACUCUGCUGGAACAGACAGCGGUGGAGCUGGAGAAGAGGCAGGAGGGAAGGAGCAGCACCCAGGACCUGGGAGACAGCUGGAGGUUCGAGGAGGAGACCAGUGACAACGAGACCGCAGCGGAGGAGGGAGAGGAGGAGGUUUUUGCUGAGAAAUCCUCACCAGAUCCGGAAGAGUGCCCGGCGGUAAAGGUGGACAAAGAGACCAACACAGAGACCCCUUCCCCGUCGCCCACAGUGGUGCGGCCCAAGGACCGGCGGGUGGGCACGCCAUCCCCAGCGCCAUUCCUUCGAGGAAGCACCAUCAUCCGCUCCAAGACCUUCUCCCCUGGACCCCAGAGCCAAUACGUGUGCCGGCUGAAUCGGAGUGACAGCGACAGCUCCACGCUGUCCAAGAAGCCACCUUUUGUUCGAAACUCUCUGGAGCGGCGCAGCGUCCGCAUGAAGCGGCCUUCAUCUUUCAAAUCCCUGCGCCACGAGCGCCUGAUGCGCACCUCGCUGGACCUGGAGUUAGACCUGCAGGCCACCCGGACCUGGCACAGCCAGCUGACGCAGGAGAUCUCGGUGCUGAGGGAGCUCAAGGAGCAGCUCGAACAAGCCCGGAGCCACGGGGAGAAGGAGCUGCCCCCGGGGUUGCGGGAGGACGAGCGCUUCCGCCUGCUGCUGAGGAUGCUGGAGAAGCAGAUGGACCGUGCGGGGCACAAAGGUGAGCUGCAGGCAGACAAGAUGAUGAGGGCGGCCGCCAAGGACGUGCACAGGCUCAGAGGCCAGAGCUGCAAGGAGCCCCCAGAAGUGCAGUCUUUCAGGGAGAAGAUGGCCUUUUUCACGCGGCCGCGGAUGAACAUCCCCACCCUCUCCGCAGACGACGUCUGAGCUCCAGAAAAGUAUUUCCUCUGGUCCGGGGACCCUGCCGUGAGCAGAGACUGUGGCCGCGUUAUUUAUGUGGUUAUAUGAAGGUUCUGCGUCCCACGUCCUCUAGCGCUCCUCUGGUUUGAAGAUGAAGAUUUUUUUUAGUUUGGGUUCUAUUAUUUAAGAAGAAGAAGAAGAAGAAAAUACAAAAAAAAAACAAAAAAAAAACCACAGCAUUAAAACGACAAGAUUGUAUAGUUUGUAUAUUUAGGAAUGUAUUUUUGAGAAAGAAAAUUUAAAUGAACUAAAAGCAGUGUCCAGUUGCUGCUCUUCUUAAAAUAAAAUGGUUUAGAUUUUUUCUUUUUUUUUUGUACAGCUCUGCCUUCUAGAGGUUUCAUGCAAUAAGUCAGUCAUGUUUUGGGGACGGUCACCCUAAAAGGACGCCCCGCAGACAUCACAGCACAGCUGACCUUUCCUACCUAACAUAUUUUGUACAAUAUUUUAAAAUGCACAGCCAGCGUUUGGCGGAUUCUGGGGUGUGCCUGUGAAUCUUCACGAGCUGUGACGUGUUUUUACGCGGCCGCCUGAGGUGGAGCUGGCCACAGGCCUGCCCACGCUGUCUCAGAUGCCCAGUGAAGCCACUGACGUGAGUGAGGGAGGGCUUUUCAUUUUAUCUCCAUCAAUAAAGUGGCCUUUCUGAACGAA